AUGGAACUUACAAUGGAAAACCUUGGCAAUAUGCACGGCGUCUCACACUCACAGGCGGGAGACCUGAUGAACUCCUCACACGGAAGACCGUCAUCAGCGUCCCACAGGAACCUGGUAUCGCACGGGCGGUCGGCAAUGGUAUCCAGCAUGGCUUCGAUCUUGGAGGGCGCCGGUGAGUACCGGACCGACCCGGCUCUCUCUGGCCACCUGCAUCCAGCAAUGACCAUGUGCGAGUCGGGGAUGAAUCUGUCCAACACGUACACCACGCUCACUCCGCUCCAGCAUUUACCGCCCAUCUCGACCGUUUCCGACAAGUUCCACCAUCCCCACGCGCACCCACACCACCACGCCGCGCACCAGCGUCUGACCACCGGCAAUGUCAGCGGCAGCUUCACCCUAAUGCGAGACGACCGUGGCUUGGCCUCCAUGAGCAACUUAUACGGCCACUAUCCCAAAGACAUGUCCGCGAUGGGCCCGCCGUUAUCCCCGUUGUCCAACGGCCUCGGAUCCCUGCACAACUCUCAACAGGCGCUGUCAGCUUACGGUCCGAGCGCUCAUCUCACAAACGACAAAAUGCUCUCGACGGGAGGCUUCGAACCACAUGCGGCGAUGCUUUCCCGGAGUGAGGAACACAUCGCCCGGAGUUUAGGGGGUCACGGGCACAGUAUGAUCUCCAACCUCAACGGUAUGCAUCCUCACGGCCACCUCCACUCCCAGGCAAACGGGUCCAUGCUGGCCGAGCGAGAGAGGCACGCAGCCGGGGCUGCGCAAGGCGGCGGCUCGGGGCAAGUGGAAGAGAUCAACACGAAGGAGGUGGCGCAGCGGAUCACAGCCGAGCUGAAGCGCUAUAGCAUACCGCAAGCCAUCUUCGCCCAGAGGAUCUUGUGUCGCUCGCAGGGAACUCUGUCGGAUCUGCUGCGCAACCCAAAGCCGUGGAGUAAACUGAAGUCCGGCAGAGAGACAUUCAGGAGAAUGUGGAAAUGGUUACAGGAGCCUGAGUUUCAACGAAUGUCUGCGCUUAGGCUAGCCGCCUGCAAGCGGAAGGAACAGGAGCAGCACAAGGACCGCAGCCUGGCACCCAAGAAGCAGAGGUUGGUCUUCACCGACCUCCAGCGCCGCACGCUCGUCGCCAUCUUCAAGGAGAACAAGCGUCCGAGCAAGGAGAUGCAGAUCACCAUCUCGCAGCAGCUGGGUCUGGAACUCUCCACUGUCAGCAACUUCUUCAUGAACGCACGGCGCCGCUGCGUGGACCGCUGGCACGAUGAGGCCGGCGCCUCGGCUGCCGUUGCCCCGGGUCCCGGCCAGCCGGGCACUUCCGCCACCGCUGCCGCAUUCUCCAAGGCCUGA